UUUAAAGAACGUACAUUUUUGACCGUGUAUAAUUGUACUGCUUUAACUCUUUUGCAAAGUUUGAUUCUGCAUAUUUUUGCAUCCUAAAUCUGGAAUGGUAGAAAAGACUACAUUACUAAGGGAGCGUACUGAGGAAUUAUUUAAGAAUUCGGAUGAUCUGGAAAGGGUUAAAUACAUUAGGAAUUGGACGGGAGACUGCAAAGGCUUUGAGGAAAACUGGGGCAGAAGUUGUUGCACUGAGUAGAAGUUAUGAAGACCUGGAAAGCUUGGCCCGAGAGUGCCCUGGUGUGCAGACAAUAUGUGUGGAUUUAGCAGACUGGUCAGCAACAGAAAAAGCUCUGAGCUCAAUUGGACCUGUGGACAUACUGGUAAAUAAUGCAGCCGUGGCCAUCCUACAGCCUUUUCUUGCAGUCACAGAAGAAGCAUUUGACAGGAGUUUUGCUGUGAAUGUUAAAGCAGUGUUACAUGUCUCACAGAUUGUUGUCCAUCAGAUGAUUGAGCGUGGAGUUCCAGGUGCCAUUGUUAAUGUAUCCAGCCAGGCCUCACAGUGUGCUUUGCUGGACCACUCUGUGUACUGUUCAACAAAAGGAGCUUUAGACAUGGUGACCAAGGUGAUGGCACUUGAACUAGGACCAAAGAAGAUUCGUGUUAAUUCUGUGAACCCCACUGUAGUAAUGACUGAGAUGGGACGCGUUGGUUGGAGUGAUCCCCAGAAGUCUAAGCCAAUGCUAAAUCGUAUUCCUUUGGGGCGAUUUGCUGAAGUGGAAGACGUAGUUCACAGUAUUCUGUUCCUGCUAAGUGAUAAAAGUUCCAUGAUCACUGGCUCCUGUCUGCCUGUGGAUGGGGGAUUCCUUGCCUGUUAGUUCUCAGAGCCUUAUCUUUUGCACCACUGUGGACUUUCUAAGUGCCUCUCCAACUGCUUCUGAAUGUCAACUUCAGCAUCUUUAACCACAGACAGUCCAGUUAUGAUCAGCAUUGCUGGACCUUAUAAUCUGGAAAAAAAAAACUAUGCAUGUAAGGGCAGACAUAUCUAGUAAAGAACAAUUUUUUCUUUAUUACUUUGUAUGAGCCAUAAUAUCUUGUUAAAUCCUAUCUGAAAGAAAUAAAUAUAUCUGCUAUUG